CACAAAUCAAAACAACGUGGCCAUGGAGAAUGCUAUAUAGUUUGAUAUUUUGACCGAAUUUGAUUGUCUUUUUGAAAGAGUUCCUCUCCAAAUAUGUACGAUCGAGCUUCGAGGGACCUCAGUCGACCGCUUAAUACAACAAUUGAUACCGUUGGCCCGGGUAGUUAUGAGUUGCCUAGCUUUUUACACGCGAGAAACAAGGCUGCCGGUAAGUGAUACUGUGAUAGAGCUAUCUUAUUUACGAUAUAUACGGGACCGCGAGAAGGUCUAGAGUACUUAAACAAAAACCUACAAACAGUUUAGACAAUGACAGUUCUAGCUCAACACCUGACCCAGUGACGGAAGGCAUGGACGUUGAUCAAGAUUCAGGUGGGGGUGUUUACAUAUAUUAAAUGGAAUAGCCCAAGGACACAGCUCAACCUGAUCCAGUCGAAAGCUUGCUAAAGGCACCUCUGGCAUGCAGCCACUUUAUAAUUCUUCAUGUCUGAUCACGCGGAGCACAGCUACACAUGUAAAAACACACAAGUUGUUAGAGGUCUGCAAACAAGUUGUUACAAAUCUGUUCACAAGCUGUCGACAAGUUGUGUUCGCACUGCUUGUCCCCAGUUGUUGUAACAAGUUUGGAACAAGCUGUUAACAACUUGUACCAAGCUUGAUGGCAUAUUAUCAGACUUGUUACAAGGUUGUUCUAACAAGUCUGACACAGUCAUGAUAUUAUAACAAGAAUGUUACAAGCUGUUAGGUUCUAACAAGUCUGAUACAGUUAUACAGUCAUGAUAUAACAAGAAUGUUACAAGCUGUUAGGUUGUUCUAACAAGUCUGAUACAGUCAUGAUAUAACAAGAAUGUUACAAGGUUGUUCUAACAAUUUAAGUCUGAUACAGUCAUGAUAUAACAAGAAUUGACAAUUAUACCAGGUUGUAACAAUAUUAUUAUAUCAUCACUGUAUCGGACUUGUUGGAACAACCUAGCUUGCAACAAGUCUGGUAUUACAUUGUUGACAUUAACGGUAUCUAGGUUUACUGAUGCAAUCUUAAAUGUUCAUUCUUUCUCUGGACGGUCCGAGUACACCGCCUGAAAACUCAUGUUGUAACCACACAUUGUUCCUUAUUUUUAAGUCUGAUAAUAUCAACAAGGUUCUUAUACAUUAGUUGUUAACAGUUUGUAAUGUUGUUCAACUAAUUGGGACAAGCAGUGUGAACUCAACUUGUUGACGGCUUGUUAAUUGGCAGACUUGUUACAAGAUGUGAGAGUUUUACGUCACAGUUUACCGUGGAAGGGUCUGCUUGUUCCCAGUUGUCAUAACAAGUUUGGAACAAGCUGAGCUAACAACUUGCAACAAGCUUGAUGGCAUUAUCAGACCAGUUACAAGGUUAUUCUAACAAGUCUGAUACAGUCAUGAUAUAACAAUACAAUCUUGAACUCGAUCUGCAUGUGCCGUUGUGUCACACACAAAAACCUCACAUCUUGUAGCAAAUUAGUCUGUCAACAAGCCGUCAACAAGUUGUGUUUGCAUGCACUGCUUGUCGCAAGUUGUGAACAAGUUUAGAACAAGCUCAGUAACAAUUAAUUUGUAACAACCUUGUCGAUAUUAUCAGGCUUGUUACAAGAUUGUUCCAACAAGUCCAAUACAGUCAUGAUAUAGCAGUAUUGUUACAACCUUGUAACAUUCUUGUUUAUCAUGAUUGUAUCAGACUUGUUAAAAUAUUACCUUGAAAGAUUCUUGCUAUAUCAUGACGAUAUCAGACUUGUUAGAACAACCUUGUAACAAUUAAGUCUGAUAAUGCCAUCAAACUUGUUACAAGUUGUUAACAGCUUGUUCCAAACUUGUUACAACAACUGGGAACAAGCAAUGCGAACACGUACAUUAACUUGUUGAAAGCUUGUUUGCAGAUCUGUAUCAACUUGUGCGUUUUUACUUGUGUAGCAAAUCUUAAGCUGCCAACCUGAGCCGUCAACAAGUUGUGUCCGCACUGCUUGUCCCAAGUUGACAACAAAUUUGGAACAAGCUGUUAACAACUUGUAACAACCUUGUUGCACCGUGAAGCGUGACGAAAAAAUACUGUUUAUCGUUUCAGAACACUUUUCAGCAGAUUCACACAUUUUACCGUUAAAAUACCAAAAAUUUUACCGUUUAUUGAUUUUCAGAGUCCCCAUCCAGACCCUCAGGGCUUAAGCCUGGCGCACAAGAGAAAGUUGCCGAGGUAACCGCCUCGCGUGGCAGCUAGGUCAGCAAGUUUCUCUCGUGCAUGUGCGGAUAGUUUUCGUGAGGAUUUGGCCUCUCGAGGCCUUGAGGAAAAUAUCUAUCGUGUUUGAUAUUUUUCACCUCGCGAGGAAAAAAUCUCAGCAUCUGCGGAUGUUGUGAGCUAAUUAGUGCUAAGCCGCUAGAAUCAAUUAACCAAUGAGAAACCAUAGUUUCUUCAUGUGACUUUGAACAAAAUGGAGGAAAAUGCAAACGAUUUUGUCAAUUAUGUUGUUGUUGAGUAUUUUUAGCUACCACGCGAGUCUCGUGUGCGGCAGGCUUAACACACCGGGGAGCUUAUAUUUUCACAAAAAAUUCUUACAAUACGGUAAUUAAAAUCUGUGCAAAAUUUCUCAAAUUGUUAAAAACUGCAAAUGAUGUCCUAUAGAAUGUGCGCAAGAUGUCUGCGACUCUUUGUGAACCGUUAGAACCGACCAUAUUUUCUUUGGAAAAUAUCCAACAUUUUUCUCAAGGAAAUAUAUUUCAAUCCUCUGCAACAUAAAACUUUUCACUUUGGGCCACUUAAAGGGUUACUGUGAUAAUGGUUAGCAGGCUAUAGUAGGCCUACAUGUGCCUUCAUGGGUUCAAUAUUGUCAAUUUUCUUGUUAUGUUUCACUAGUGGGAUAUGCACCAUUCGGUUCAAUGACCAGUCGAGAAACAUUCGUUGACGUCAGUGAUCAAACAAUAACAGCGCCUGGGCCCGGACAAUAUGAUCCUCUGUUGAAGAAUUUAGAUCGAGUCAGGGGAGGACAGUCCUUGUCAAAUACGGUAAAAGCACAUUGUUAAAUUAAACCAUUCAUUGCUGGCAGUAUACUUUCUCUUAAACUGACAAGUAAAUAUUAAGUGAUAUUGUUCAAAAGUCUGUUAGCGUAAUAGUACACAGUCAUGCAAAAAUCUCGCAUCCUGUAUCUAGCAAGUCUACCUACAAGUCAUCUACAUUAAGUUGUGUUCGAACUACUUCUUUCCAGUGGUUGUUAUAAAUUUGAAACAAGCAGUUCACAACUUGUACCAACUUUGUUGUUGAUGUUAUCAGACUUGUUGCAAGGUUGUUCCAAUGCGUCCGAUACAGUCAUGAUUUAACAAUUUUGUUACAACCUUGUGUCGUUAACAUCUUGUCUGAUAUAUCAAGACGGUACUCUUAUUGAUCCAGUGUUACUACAGGAGGAAACCUAAACUGAACUAACAUUAUUUAUACUGGAUAGCUCCAUCAGUUCUAAAUUGUUCUCCCUAGAGGUCCAGUAAGGAUCAUCUCUUAUUGAUCCAGUGUUACUACAGGAAGAAACCUAAACUAACUAACGUUAUUUAUACUGGGAUAGCUCUAUCAGUUCUAAACUGUUCUUCCUAGAGGUCCAGUAAGAGUCAUCUCUUACUGAUUCAGUGUUACUACAGGAGGAAACCUAAACUAAACUAACUUUAUUUAUACUGGAUAGCUCUAUUAGUUCUAAACUGUUCUUCCUAGAGAUCCAUGCGGUAAGGAUAAUCUCUUAUUGAUCCAGUGUUAUUACAGGGGGGAACCUAAACUAAACUAACUUUAUUUAUACUGGAUAUAGCUCUAUCAGUUCUAAACUGUUCUCUUUAUGGAGAUCCAGUAAGGAUCAUCUCUUAUUGAUCCAGUGUCUCCAAUUAUUUCCGUCACUCACCUUCCAUUUUGUAUUCUUAGUCCGAAAGGUUUGGCAAAUCGAGCGAAAAGAUUCCUGGACCUGGGACAUAUAACCUAUCCAAGCACUCUGAUUGGAUAAAACAACUGCCACAAAAAGCUAUCAGUGAGGAUGAGGUAGUCUAUACUGUUAUAAUUUUACACAUAUGUGAAUUUAAACAUAAGGGGCGGAUCUAGCACCGCCCAGAGAAGUCCAGCACCACCCUAAAAAAUCUGCUGGACCAUACAUUUUCUGCUUUUUGAAUAGCGACUAGCGGAAUUUCUACUGUUAGCGCGUGUCGAUUUCUUGAGACGAUUGAUUUAAAUAUACAUAUAUAGAUUGAAAAUAUAUCAGAGUGAGAAUGCUUUUGUUAAAUAUCAUGGCUAAAUAUGUAAACAUAUUGAGGUUGUUAGAUAGCCAUAUUUUCAAAUAUAUACUGUAUACUUUAACAAGCAAAUUUACUGCACUGUGCUACAGCAACUGUCCAGUCACGCAUACACGUGAUAAAAGCCAAUAUAAGCUUUGUAAACAAAAGAUAAAUAAUGUAAAACGUAACAGAACCGUAAACAUGCAGAUUCGGCCAUCUCAAAUAAUGGUAAUGUUGGGAUAGUAGCGUUGCAGACCCUCCUUGCACAUUAGGGUAGAUCCGCUCUGAAUUUAAAACUGCAGCAAUAAGUAGAGAUACCGUACGUAACGUUUUUGACUAAUUUUUUGUUCUGAUAUAGAAUCAACAAGGACGUCGCAUCAUAUUUCUAAGGAAGACAGACCCUCCUUCGAUUCCCUCGCCCGGCAAGUCUUAUGGCUACGAGGAAGCGACUGACGGAUCAUUGAAACCUCAGCUAAUGCCAGAUAAAGACUUUUCUAUGGGACCAGCAUAUUAUAAUGUCGAUCAUGUUAGUAUUUAAAGUAACUCCUCUCCUUAAAUCUAUGCAAUAUAUACCUUACAUUAUGCCAAGUUAUGUGCUUUUAUCAUCAAAUGAACAAUUACCCUAAAAUUUUCACCAAUCUGCCCACUGACAAUCUAUAGAACACAAAACAAUAGACUGUCCGAACCUUGUAAACAUUUUUAUUCUAUAAUUACGUUUGGACUAUAAUUUGGAACCCCGUUAUUGGAGAACUAUCUCUGUGUGGAAAUUCCAGUCAUUUGUAACCAUAGUACUCUAUAUAUAAGAUCUAUUGCAAUGGCAAACUUGUAAAAUAAAAAAUAAAAAUAAAAUAAAAUUUAAGUCAGACGAACUGUUCUGAAGAUUCUUCUGAAGAUGACUUAAAUUAUAGUCGAAACGUAAAGAAUAAAAAUGUUGACAAUUUUCGGCGUGUCUAUUGUUUUGUGUUUUAUUAAAAUACUCUAUGGCAACCGCAAUUUUUGACAAUCUAUAGCCUGCUAUGCUUUUGUGAAAGGGAAAUAAUUGUCACAGCUUUGUUAUUCAGCUAUCAAUCAAUGGUUUUUGGCCGCCAGGGUAGGUUGCCCCCGUCCCCAAAUGUCUGGCGGCACUGCCACGCUAGCAGUUGAAGACUGUUUUCCCCAUGCCGAGGAACUAAGGGUCUGUUUAUAUGGGGGGAGUCAGCCCCGGUACCCGAACGGGCCCGCGGUUUGGGCGAGAUCACGCUUUUGUUAUUAUUUCCCUACUUAGUUUCAUUUUGCGUUUAUAUGGGAACCGAGCUGGCCCGCCUAAACGAGAUCCCGCCUCGACUGUGCCGAGAUCUCCGGUAAACGGGCUGGGAAUUUUCCAUAUAAACGCAAAGACCUGGGCUGGCCUAAGUUGGCUCAAGUCAAGUCAAUUUAUUUUGCCACACAUAGAGUAGAUACAAAAAAUAUAAAUAUGUAGUUAUAUAUAGUAUUAAGGCAAGGAAGCCCAAAUGAAACCAAGAGGCUUAUGAGUUUUGAGUGUUAUUGCUAUGUUCACGCGAACAUAUUGUUGAAAAUGAGAUAUUUUCGACCGAUUUCGAUCUUAAAACGUCUCUGUGAACGGUUCUGUGGUUUACAUCGGUCAAGGUUGCUUGCGAAAGUACGAAUUUGAGAUUGGUGAAAAAAUAUAUUUAUAUCACACGAUUUAUAGCAGCGAGACCUGUAUCUAACCGGACACGUUUUGGCGAGACAGUCCGCCUCAAAAGUCUCAUGUAAACACGCGGGAUGAAUUCAGCUCGGCAAAGCGGACUAGCUCGGGUACCCAGGCUGGCUCGCCCCAUAUAAACAGCCCCUAACAAUCAUUCUGGAUUGGUCCAGUGUUACAAUAAACAAAAUUAUUAUUAUAUAGUAUAUGCAGAUAUUACAUGAACACACUUCAGCCAAAUAUAUUUUACAGCUUACUUUUAUUUUUCAUUACAUGCAGAGAGACACUCAAACGACAAGGAAUUACAAAGGUGUUUAUUUUGGAAAGAAGGAUUCAAAACGUCACAAUUUUCGGGGUAAAUAUCUUCCGUUAUCGCAACUAUACAUGUACCAUCCUCGUUUCCAGGGCUUCUUGGCCGUGCGCGACCUUCACAGGCCAUGGGAUACACGGAAUCGGAAAUGCAAGAAAACUUGCAGUAGUCUCCAAAGCGCAUGCUCGAUUAGCAAGGUUAUAUAUGAUCCAGGAGUAGAUCUAGCCUCAUCUGCAAGGAGGGGUGCAGGUUUUCCAUGGGGCGGUGCUGGUCUUCUCUAGGGGGUGGGGUGGGGGGAUAGACACCACUGGGAGGAGGGGGGGUCCGCCCCUGGUUUGAUCGAUGCUAAAAUGUAUUUUUUUUCCCUCAGGAAACACACAAGGACCAGGACCUGGCGCAUACAAUCCUUACGAACUACCAGACAACAAAGCACCAAUAGAUUUGGUAAUUAUUUUUUGAAUUAAUUAGUAUCAAUUAAAUUGAACAUUGUGUGUUUGUGGCGUGGCGCUUUUAAUUUUUGUGGUAUUUGUAAAUUCACAGAUCAUAGAAGAACACAACAAAAGAUUCUUCGAAGCAAAAGUAAGACUAUACAAAGGGAACAUUUAGUUUAAAAAAGGAGAUUGUUUUGUAUAUUACAUAACGUGCGCUCGUUUCGACACGUUUCUUAAAAGACAAACAAACUUAAAAAGUAUGUUUAGUGCUUUACCUUUAAUUAAAAUUAUGCUAAAAUGAAUGAAGAGAUUGUAGAUCAUGUUACGCCAACGAGAAAAUUAUGUCUGAAGUUCAGUAAGUUGUGCUUACUGCACUUUUGAAUCAUCAUUGAUAUAAUUGUAUUUUAUGAUUGUAUGUUCCAAUUAUUUUGUGGUUCUCAACCGCCAGAUACAUUUAAAAGGUUGCUAACUGUGUAAACUACAAAAUAAAGCUAAAACAAAGUAAUUUUGAGAGGAACGCCAAAAAGAUUUUAAGUUUUGAACACUUUUCAUCGCAAAUAUGCGACAUAUAGAAAAAAUGCCUCGAAACCAUUUGAAGAUAAAUAUUAACGCCUAGCAUUUAACUUUCAAACAACGGAUGAUUUCCAUUUUAAAUGGCGCUAUCCGUCAGUGUGUCAAUCGUUACUGUUGUUAACCAGUUGAAUUUAUUUUUACAAAUGAAUGUGUUUUCAGAUUCCUAGAUACCAUGAACUAAUUCCCAAAGAAGAGGAAAAGAAGGCAAGAUUGAAGAAUUAGUUUUAUUAUUAUUUUACCCUUCCUAACGGGCAGAUCUAGGCUCAUCUGCAGGGAGGGGUGCAGGUUUUCCAUGGGGUGGUGCAUGAGGGAGCCUUACUGCCCACUCUCCUCUGCAGUCUGCAACGCUACUAUCCCAACAUUACCAUUAUUUGAGAUGGCCGAAUCUGCAUGUUCGCCGUUCUGUUACGUUUUUAAUGAACCAAUCCCCAAUUAACCAAAAUUUUGAACUCAACAAGUCUAGACAAAAAUUUCAUCACAGCAAGUUUCGUUGCAAAAUGUUGUAAAAUGCGGAUAUUGUAGCCUUGGGAAGUUUGCAAUUUUCAGUCAUUUUAGAUUACAAACGGGAAAUGGUUACCACUUCUGUGCGUAAUACAAAAUGACUGAAAAUUACAAACUUCGUAAGGCUAUAUUAUCCGCAUUUUACAACAUUUUGCAACGAAACUUUGGAAUAUUACUAAUUUUGUGAUGCUCUUUCAAGCUGUGAUGAAAUUUUUGUUUAGGCUAGUUAAGAUAAAAAUUUUGGAAAAGUGGUAACCAUUUCCCGUUUGUAAUCUAAAAUGACUGAAAAUUGCAAAUUUCGCAAGGCUAUAUUAUCCGCAUUUUACGACAUUUCGCAACGAAACUUUGGAAUAUUACUAAUUUUGUGAUGCUCUUUCAUGCUGUGAUGAAAUUUUGUCUAGACUUGUUGAGAUCAAAAUUUUGGUUAAUUGGGGAAUGGUCCAUUACAUUAUCUUUUGUUUAUAAAGUUUAUAUCGGCUUUUUAUCACGUGUGCAUGACUGAACAGUUGCUGUAGCACAGUACAGCAAAUUUACUUGUUAAAGUAUAGAGUAUACAUUUGGAAAUAUGGUAGCUGUAUAACAACCUCAACAUGUUUACAUAUUUAACCAUGAUAUCUAACUAAAGCAUUCUGAGUAUUUUCUCGUGAGCUCACUAAUUAAUUGAAUCGUUUCAAAAAAUCGAAAAUCUAACAGUAGAAGUUCCGCUGAUCGCUUUUUGAAAAGCAGAACUGAAUUGUAUGGUCAGGCAGAUUUUUUUAGGGUGGUGCUGGGCUUCUCCAGGGGGUGCUAGACACCAUGCACUUGGUGGGGUACGCUAUAAGUGUUGCAAAUAUUAUAUGAACUUAUCAUCAAAACUUGAGGCAUGAUUUGGCAGAACAUUUGCUUCUAGGGUAUAAUUUGUUGUCUUUUUUUCUAGGGUGUACCAGCUCCAGGACAUUAUCAGAUCAAAAGUCAAUUUGAACAUCAUAAAGUCUUGCCCGAAACAGACCAUACAGCGCUGGUCGCACCAUUUGGCUCACAAGCAAGAGUAAGACACUUUUAUAAAACCGUAUUCAGCUGGGCUCAAACUAUAACGGCCGGUCGACGCACAAUGGCCGGCCAGAAUGCCUCUUGACCGGUCACUCUUUUACGUCUUCGGUCAUUUUGACCGGCCACAUUUUUAUGCCUUCAAAUGUGAUUGCUGACGUCUUAAAUUAAAACAUGAAAAUCGAAACAAGUCACUAAUAGUUUGUUUCACUGUUAGUGUAAGCGUAUCAAUGGCCGGUCAAAAACAGAUUUUGACCGAGCUAAAAUCAAGUUGACCGGUCAUUUUGACCGGAGACCUAUCCCCGGUUAUUUUGAGCCCUAUAUACCUUGACAUGCUAUAAAUUCGUUUUUGUUCACGCUUUUAUAUAUACGAUAGGCAGCCCAAUACUAGCUAGGCGUGUUAAAUAUUUGACUAAAAUAUUCAAACUUUUAAAAGGAGAUUUUUUCUUUUUUCUUAAUUUUUAAUACGUUUCUCAAGCGGCAAACAAACUUAAAAAGUGUGUUUAGUGCUUUAUCUGUAAAAUUAUGCUAAAAUGAAGAGAUUUUAGAUGGUACGCCAAAGAGAAAAUGAUGUCUGAAGUUCAGUAAGUUUUGCUUAUAUUGCUGUAUAAAUAUGGCGUCAAUUUUACAGCAUCAAUGAUAAUUGUAUUUAUAUCAGUUGACAAUAUUCGACUACUAUUUUGUGUUUCUCAACCGCCAGAUGCAUUUUCAAAAGGUUGCUAACUGUGUAAACUACAAACUAAAGCUAAAACAAAGUAAUUUUGAGAGGAACGCCAAAAAGAUUUUAGGUUUUGAACACAUCGCAAGUACGCCACAUUGUACUGUAGUCUGACUCUGUAGCCACAUAUACAGGGUGUUCCAAAAAAAGUGCUCAAGUUCAGUAACGAAGUACAUUUACUUCGUUACUUGACACCACUGUUCUAAAGGGGAACAUUUUUGGGACACCUUGUAGUCCAGGUCUAUUGCCCCAGAGUCCAAGAAUAGAUCAUGUAUAACAGCCAAUAUAUAUUAUGUUAACAAUUGUCUCCUGUUUUACAACAGAGAUUUGAUGGCAGCUCUAACUUAUUCCCAGCACCUGGAAGUUAUAAUGAUCCAAGAACAGCUUUUGAAACUUUAAGAAGGUAACAAAAAUAUACAGCCAAUGGACCUUUCCCCUUAUAACUAAAAUUUGGAUCUUGGCAAAAAUUUCAUCACAGUUUGAAAGAGCAUCACAAAAUUAGUAAUAUUCCAAUGUUUCGUUGCGAAAUGUUGUAAAAUGCGGAUAAUAUAGCCUUGCGAGGUUUUCCGUUUUUCAGUCAUUUUGUAUUACGCAUGGGAAAUUGACAUCCCAAACGGGUGUUGGGGCAUCAAUUUCCCGUUUGUAAUACAAAGUGACUGAAAAUUGCAAAUUUCGCAAGGCUAUAUUAUCCGCAUUUUACAACAUUUCGCAAAGAAACUUCGGAAUACUACUAAUUUUGUGAUGCUCUUUCAAGCUGUGAUGAAAUUUUUGUCUAGACUUGUCUAGAUCAAAAUUUUAGUUAUAAGGGGAAAGGUCCAUUCAAAAAGGUUGUCCUUUGCAAACCUUAAACUCUAAGCGCGCAAAGCUUAAUUAAUGGGAGCACAAGUUUCAAGCUUAGUAGUUGAAUAUUGCAGCUAUUUGUGAAUGAAUUGUUCUCGUAAGGAGAUAUUUACCAUGUCUCUAACAAAUGGGCCACAUAUAUGAUUUCUAAACUCAUUAGGCGUAAAAAAAAUUCCUGUGGUUCCGGUUCCCGACCGACCCUUUUCAACGCGAUUGACCGUGCGACCCUAUUUUCUCCAGGUGGUUGCGGGCUGCUCAUACAGCGUGCCAAAAUGGCGUCUGUUGUCACACUAAUUAUUGAUGCAAAUUGCCUAAAUUCGCCAUAGAAAAUACGCAUCUCUAGUUAAUAUUGAUGUCGGGAAGUGCAAAUCGCCCAGCAAAAAACCACCAAAACCAUGAAAAAAAUAUUCAAAAAAAAAUUUAUUUCCGACCUACCGACCCUAAUUUUUUCACGAUAUGAAACCGGAACCACAGGUGUUUUUUUUACGCCUUAAAUGAUGCUCCCAUUAUGCUUUGCACGCUUAGAGUUUAAGGUUUAGACUUUUUGAAUGUUUCCAAAGGACAACCUUUUUUGAAUUAGCUGUAUAUAUAUUUUCUAUCCGACAGUAAGUAAUCUAAAACACGUUUUCAGCUGUAUAAAUGAUCAUAUCUCUACUAUAGGGUGAAAGGCAUUAAAGGAACUCCGUUUGGGCAAACUUCGAUAAGAUUUUAUGACAACAAGCACACUAAGAGUGUACCAGGUACUGAACUUCAUAUUUAUGCAAAGAUAUUUUUAUAGAGCGUUUGCACUCCAUGGCCAGAUUUUGAGAGGAGGUGCGCACCUCGCCUGAGAUAGUUUUGUACCUCCCCUGAGAUUUUUGAACCUCUCCUGAAAAGUCAUGCACCUCUCCUUGGGAAUGGUAAUGGAAGUUAAAUUUUGACAAAUUUCUUUGUGUUUGAUGUUUGUGUGAUGUUACUCUGAGUGUAUAUCCACACCGGGCAGGCUUGAAAAAUGUGCCUGGCCACGGCGGGAUUCGAACCUACGACCUGUGGAAUACUAGCCCAAUGCUCUGCCAACUGAGCUACGCGGUCAGGUUGGUUCGAGUAUGCGAUAUUUCGGAACUGAGUCUAGUUCGUCGAUAUCAGUGUAAUCUAAUAAUCAUGAUAUUUGCUGUGUUGGUGUAAUGUACUCAGGUGAAUAUGAUGUCUGCGAUGUUACUCUGAGUGUAUAUCCACACCGGGCAGGCUUGAAAAAUAUGCCUGGCCACGGCGGGAUUCGAACCUACGACCUUUGGAAUACUAGCCCAAUGCUCUGCCAACUGAGCUACGCGGUCAGGUUGGUUCGAGUAUGCGAUAUUUCGGAACUGAGUCUCGUUCUUUCGAUAUCAGUGUAAUCUAAUAAUCGUGAAAUCUGCUGUGUUGGUGUAAUGUACUCAGGUGAAUAUCAUGUCUGCGAUGUUACUCUGAGUGUAUAUCCACACCGGGCAAGCUUGAAAAAUAUGGCUGGCCACGGCGGGAUUCGAACCUACGACCUUUGGAACACUAGCCCUAUGCUCUGCCAACUGAGCUACGCGGUCAGAUCGGUUUGAGUAUGUGAUAUUUCGGAACUGAGUCUAGUUCUUUCGAUAUCAGUGUAAUCUAAUAAUUGUGAAAUCUGCUGUGUUGAUGUAAUGUACUCACGUGAAUAAGAUGUUUGUGUGGAGUUACUCUGAGUGUAUAUCCACACCGGGCAGGCUUGAAAAAUAUGCCUGGCCACGGCGGGAUUCGAACCUACGACAUUUGUACAUUACACCAACACAGCAGAUUUCUUUGUGUUUGUUGUACAGUCAUAAUUCAUGAAUACGUGCAUACGCCACGUAGUUUACUUUAUGGGGGCAGGGGUACAUUCUAACCCCUAACAUUCCCAUGAGCUAGGAUCGCUGCACCUCACCUAAACAGUUUUUCACCUCCUCCCAGCCAUAGCCUAUCGAAGGGAAGAUGGCUGUGCAACUCAUUAGAAUAACAAAUGAAUAUAACUCAUUAUCUAUGUUGGUCAACGUUUAUUCAUAAAUCUAGCUCUGGUCCUUCACCAUCACGUCAACUCACGUGUGUAUUGUAUUUUUCCCAGCUAAUCAAUAGCGAUGUUUUAGGAAAGUCACCUAUCCGUGACUCAAACAAUAGGGAAAUUGGAAAUUGUUAUUGGUGGAUUUGGCAAAAAUACAAUACGCACGUGACGGUGAAGGACCAAAUUUAUGAAUAAACGUUGACUAACAUAGAUAAUGAGUUAUAUUGUUAUUCUAAUGAGUUUUACAGCCAUCUCCCCUUCGAUAGGCUAUGCCCCAGUAUAUUUCCACCAAAAUCCGGCCUUGUUGCACUCAUUCCCCUUGCAGGGACCAACUAACAAAAGCCAUGGCGGCCAUAUUGGUGUUCCAGACAAAAGAGUCUAAUUAAAAUUCUUCUGAAAUUGGCGGCUGUGACGUCAUGUGCAAACUCUGUAAUACAUCAGGAUGUAUAAAAUGGUCUUUCUUCUUUUUAAUACACCCUGGUGUGAACUUUGGCAUUUAAUCGUACAUCAUAUAUUACGUUUUUCCAUUUACGUUUUUCAUACCAAUAAAGAUCUGGGGCCAGUUGUUCAAAGCUGGGUUAGCCUAACCCCAGGUUAACCUAAAAGUGAAAGCAAACUUCCUGACAGCUUGUCUAUAAAAUUGGAAAUAUUUCUUCAGAGAUCUUGUCUGGAUCGAUAGGAGUUUACUUUUCUGAAGUUUUGAAAUAAACAGCGACGUGCAGAAAUACAUUAACUAAAACAGCAGGUUAAUUUUUUACCCAGGGUUAGCGCUAACCCACCUUUGAACAACCGGCCCUGCAGACCUUUAGCAUUGGCGAAUGCUACCUUUCUUUUAUCAUUGCGAUCAAAAAUAGCCAAAUAUGAUCCGAUUUAAAAAUGUCGCUCGAAAUCGCAUUUUAUUUUCCACCGUUGGGAAAUUGCAUGUAAAGCUAUUGUCUGAGUAUUGAAAUUAUUCUCAUUUGGGAUUCAAAUUGAAGUCCCUUGAGUAAAUAUGGCGCAACACAUGUGAAACCAUCAGUCAAGUUUUGACAAACUUUUACUCGGAAUUUUACAUCGAAAUUGAGCGACUACAACAUUUUACAACACUGGAAGCUUGCAGACUAGACUCACAAUGACGUACGUUUUCCCUCGUGUUUUCCAAAUGGGCAACAAACAUUUGGGCAAAUGGAAGAACACUAAAUUGGAAAAACAUUAAAACCCAAAGGUGGAAAAAUGCGAAUUCAACUGCUCCUUUAAAUCAGAUCGCAUUUGGUCAUUUUUAUCCCAACGAUUUGAUAAAGGUGUCUGCAUUUGACAACUAAAAGCCUGGGGCCGGUUGUUCAAACACGAUUAGCGCUAAUCCUGGGUUAAAUUUUAAGCUGCUGUUUUAGUUUAUGCAUUUCUGCACAUCUAUUUAUUUCAAAACUUCAGAGAAGUAAACUUUCAUUGGUCCAGACAUGGUUUGUUAAGAAAUAUUUCCAAGUUUAUAACCAAGCUGUGGGGAAAUUUGCUUUGAAUUUUAAGUUAACCUAGGAUUAAGCUAAUUGUCUUUUGAACAACCGGCCCCUGAUCUGAAUUAUAAAUACGAAAACAUAAGACCUUUAAACGUAAUGAUUAACUCAUGGUAACCUGUCCGAAGUUGAAUUAGCUUUUUUUAUACUUUAUUUGGGCUAGAAUCUAGACAACUUUAUUUCGACAGGAUAUCUCUAUCAGUUCUAAACAGUUUUUGAUUUGUCUUAUUUUCAACAGGCCCUGGUUCAUAUAAUGUCCCCGAUCAAGUAUCAGAAAUUAUCAAGAAAAAUGUGUACGUAUAUGUAAUAUUUAUAGUCGAUAUCUCCGGUUUAUUUCUGCUUAUACUUCGAUGUAUAUGAAAUGUUUCCAUGUUUGCUCACCCGUGGAAACAUUGUUGCGGAAACAAAAUUUGCUUCCCGGGAAGCAAAAAUAUUUCCUAUCAAAUUCAGAAACAUUUGAUGUUUCUCACUAAUGUUUCCCAGUGUUUGCCCACACUGGGAAACAUGGCGAAACAUUGGUAGGAAACAAUGUUUCCUAGUUUGCCCUGGGCUUUAUAUUGUUUUUAGCUUUUGAAUUGCUUUCGUUAAUUGCUAUAAGAAAUUUAUCAAGCAAGGAACUUCGAAUGUUGAAAAGCUGGCCGACAAUUUUUCCAUGGACGCUGACUUUUUGGCCUACAAAAACUGCUUUUUCGCAUAGUGAUUUGUCAACUGUAGGCGUUUAGUCCUCACCCUGUAAUUUAAAUCAAUCAAUGUACUUAAUUUGUUGUUAUUAAUAUAAAAAUCGUGCCUUAAAAUAUCGGUCUGUGACGGCAUUGUCCGACCCAUUCGUGAAAUUGUCCGACGUAGAGAGAAAAACACUGGACAUUCUGUCCGACCUAAAUGAAACUGAAGUUUAGUGUUUUUCAAAGCCUGAAAAUUGAGGCAAACGUUUAUGCAUUCUUUACAGCAUGACAAGCAAGAAAAAAGUCGCCUUUGGCACUUCAUCAGUACGGACCGCACCCAUGACGAGAACCCACGAAGACUCGUUGCCAGGUCCCGCACAUUACACGAACACGGACAAGAAACCAAAACAAGAUGUUCAACUGUCAUCAACGUUCGCUUCUCUCACAGAUAGACUCCAUUCACCACCUCCCAUCGUCAAGGUAUGAUUAUUAAUGAUUAUUAAAUCUCCUCAUGGACUAAGGGAGCGGCCAUUAUUUAUGGCAGGGGGGGGGAGGGUGGGGUGGGAGCACCGAAGAGAAAUGUUUUCCUUGGUAAUAAUUUUGACCCACCCCUGGCCAAAAUCUUUACAAAAGGAUACCAUUCAGUUGUCACACAUGUCCUUUACCACUUCUGUGACACGAGUUUGAUAACUGCUUGUGCAAUUUUCUGCAGUCUAAAGUUUCAUGUUGUCUGCACAUGUACUUUCUUUGGAGACACCAUUUGCCUCCUGACAAAUCGGAAAAUGAUCAAGAUAGUGACUCUGAUUGAUUCACAUAUUGUAUUGACAUCUUUUUAGGGACUGGUCAUUAAUGUGGGGGGGGGGCGGUGUUUGAUAAAUACCAAAUAUUGAACUUUUUUAGAGCCGCCCCAAUCGCAAGACCUUUAUUUUCAAGACGCCCCCACCUUCAUCUAGAAAAUUUAGAAACCCCUCCCCCCAACAUUCAAAUCGUUACAUUUUUUGUGUAAAAUAGGUAAUGGGACACGUAUUGGUGCUUAACAUUGUGUUGCCUAAAUAAUUAGACGACCAGUAUUCAAAAUGGUUAUUUAAUCCGUAAUAUAUAUACGUAAUAAACUAUGUACUGCAUGCACAACUAUGAUAUCAGAGUGAAAUCUAACAAUGGCAUUCUUUAUAUUACAGGACAUCCCCCCACCAGGCUCAUACGAAGUUCGGAAAUCUUACGACAAAACACAAGGUAUGUACUGUAGAUCUUAAUCUUAUUUUACUUAAAGAGAGAACAUUCCUGCAAUAGAAAGCUUUAAUCAGCACUGAGUUCUGUGCAACAUCAGAUUACUUUAAAGUAACUCACAUUCAAGAA